AUGGAUUUUCAGCAAUCCCAGGACUCAUGCAGUCCAUCUGGGUCUUCCACUUCGCUUCCUCUUGGGCGACGGGAAUCACGCGGCUCUAUGGCAACGACUCAGACUGAACGAGAAUCGAUGAAUGCAGCUCUAGAUCACUACCAUAAUACAGCGUAUCAGUCCGAAUCGCUCACUCUCUUUAACGAUUUUACUAGUCCACCGGCUCCAGCUGCUACAUCGGAGGAGAAAGGACUAUCUGAUGAAUUACAAGGUGGACUAAGCGGUCUGUAUAGUCGCUUUAGGACUUCUGUCGGGGGAGUGAGAGAUAUUGUCAGCGGUGGCGGAAAGUCUACAGACAAAAAUGCUACAGAAAUUCCUGCAGUCAAAAGCCCUGUGUCCGAACGUUCAAUGGCAAAAUCAGUCUCGGACCUGGCUACAAGCUCCGUUGAUUAUCCGCCAUCACAGCCCAACUCGUCACAGGGGUCAAGGCUUCACUCGCCCGUCGUACCAGACUUUCACACUCAUCCUGAUUCUGUGCAACAAUCGAAUGUAGGAAAGAGAUCAAGAAUAUCCUCCAAAAGUGGCAGCAUAUCUUCCAAGGCAUCCGUGUCACCAUCUCCUGGAAUCAAGCCUAGUAUUGCACCAUUGACGAAAGCCACCGGUGGCGCCAUUGUGGCAGACCCUGCUGUUACUCAGCUUCAUGUGAACGUCAUCGGAAAUACCGACCGCUCAGGAAGUAGUUCCGUCAAUGUGCCCUUCCAGGGAAUCCAUAAUGCAGAAUCCACAAGUAUCGGCAGCAAGGACGGCCCCACGGAUCUUUCCCUGAGCCAGACAUCCUCUUCAUUGAGUCAAAACCUUUCUAGUUCGCCGACUCUUUCUGCAAAGAUGCAUGACAGUAAUCAUGAGGAAAACAACCGCAAAGACUCAUUCUUCUCGACAACCUAUACUCCAGACCACCAGUCUCGGAAGUCCAUCCCUACUCCAGACCAACAAAAGUUACCCGAAAUUCCCACUCAAUCAACUAACGUGCGAAAUCAAAAGCAAGCUGAGCCAUUUCAGGAUCAUACAUCUCAGCAUCCGGCAGAAAGAUCAAAAUCGCGAACAUCUUUCCCUUAUGAAGAACCCAAAGCUUCAGUAUCUGCAUCAAAUAGUCUAUCAAGACUUCCCUCUCAGGGCGACGUGCCAUACAACGAUGAAAGUUCCCCAAUCAACAUGGAGACAAAUAUUCUUCGUGACAGCGCCAACGCCAAUGAGCCUCCAAAGGGUACAGCUCCCGGCAGAUCCAAUGAAGAGUCAACGUCCUCCAUCCGAGCAACGCGACUGCCUGGGUACGUAAUUUCGCGGGCUUCUACGGCCGAAACUACCACAACAGCCUCUUCCUUGUCCCCUUUAAAUACGACAGUCGAUCGGGCUACUGGUCAAUCCGUACCAGCCAAACGCCAAGCACCUGCCGAGAACAACGGUGUUUUGUCGCAGUUAAGAAGUAAAUUGCUUAGCAGGGAUUUUUGGAUGCGGGAUGAGAAUGCAAAAGACUGCUUUCAUUGCGGAGAACCAUUCACCACUUUUCGCAGAAAACAUCACUGUCGAACAUGUGGUCAAAUUUUUGAUUCGAAAUGCACUCUGCUUAUUUCAGGAACACGGUUCGGACAACCUGGGAGUAUUCGGGUUUGCAAACCCUGUGAGAAGAUGAUUAAUGCGCAUGACGAUGAUUCAUCUGAGUUCUCUGAUAGUGAGCAGAGCCCCAUAGUGGGCAACCCUCGGGUUGCCGAACUCAACUGGACCAAUACUGGACGUACAUCUGCGGACGAUGAUGAUUCAUCUUCGGUUGUAUCACAAUCAAUAGACCAUGUUCUGAGAACCCCGACAAUGGCCAUACCGGCCACACGACGUGCUGGAGAGGGACAUAAUCGCCGCUCGGCAAUUCUCGAAAUUGAUUCUGAUCGACAUCUGGCACGACCUACCUCUUCGCGCUCUCUGCGGUCCUCGCUGGGCGGAAGACCGCAUUCCAUUGGCCACAAACGUCACCACUCUCGUCAGCAAUACAUUCGGGGCUUCAAGCCAAAUCAUGAAGAUCGAGCUCCCUUCCAACGUCGACAUGCAGAUGAGGUAGACGUUGAAUCUCGACUACCUGCUUUUCACAAAGACAAUAUCAUUGACCCUGACAUUGCUCAAUAUCUCUCGGAUGACGCAUCUAGUGGCGACGAGCAGCCCAGUCUCUUGUCGGCAGUCUCUGAAGGCACUCUGUCCAAGAGUGGGGGUGAAAGCGAGAGGGCAUCAUUUAUUGGGCUCCUGGCAGCCGUAAAGAAGGGCAGAUCUGCUUUUGGGGACCGAAAUGCUCCUAGUAUCAAUCGAGAGGGGGAUGAUGCCAGUAUCACCAGUUCAAGGGCCGUGAAUCUACCUCGUUUCUCUCGUCGUCGAAACAUGAGCGUUACUAGCAAUUUUCAACCGCGUCAUUCACCAAGAACAUCAAAGGACAAUAUGCUUUCUCAUGACACCUCAGUACCAGCCAUAUCUUUACCUGGAGGUUCCAAGCAAGUCGGGUUCAAGAUGACACGAAGUUCAUCAAUGAGGGGCAAUGAUGCGCCACCAGUGGAACUGAACAAAGCCAGUUUAGAGCACGUACGAAAGCUUCUCCAUCAACUGCUUCUAGAAUCUGCUGUGCCAAAUGGCGACAGCUGGGAAAAUGCAUUGAUGCCAAUACUUCUGAAAGCUGCAGACGAGGUCGAUCCAGAUGUUCAAAAUGGGGACGACAUGGACAUUCGACACUACGUCAAAUUGAAGAAGAUCCCGGGUGGCCGGCCCAGUGACACAUCCUAUGUGUCGGGCCUCGUCUUCACCAAAAAUUUGGCUCUGAAAGGCAUGUCACGAAACAUCUUACGUCCAAACAUCUUGAUAAUCACCUUUCCUCUUGAAUAUGCUCGUCAACAGCAGCAUUUUAUGAGUCUCGAGCCUGUUAUUCGACAAGAGCGUGAGUUUUUAGAGAACCUAGUCAGUCGGAUCUCGGCAUUGCGUCCGAACCUGCUGUUGGUUGAGAAGACUGUUUCUGGGCUGGCUCUCGGCCUUCUUGAGCAAGCUGGAAUCGCCACUGCAUACAACGUGAAACCAUCUGUUCUUGAGGCUGUGUCAAGAUGCACACAGACUAGAAUCAUGACAUCUAUGGAUAAACUCUUGACAACCACAUUGCAUAGUGAAUGCAGCAGUUUCGACGUGAAAACUUAUGUCCAUAAUGGUCGAAAGAAAACAUAUAUAUACAUCUCCGGCUGCCCGAAAGAGCUGGGGUGUACCAUUAUCCUGCGCGGAGGAGAUAAUCGUCUCCUCGCGAAGGUGAAAAGGAUCGCCGAGUUUAUGGUUUACGUCGUGUACAAUCUACGCCUCGAAACCAAUGUUAUGCGAGAUGAAUUCGGGAGGAUAUCGACCUCUACGGCAGAAGAAUCAACAACCAUGUCCGACGAAGACAAGAAUAAACUGCAGACUGUCACUCACGGAGUCGACACACCUCUUGUUGACCCAUGUACCGCUCAACAGGAAAAAAACGACAAACUUGGUGAUAUCUCUGACAGUCAAAUCCUUGUUGAUGCCGAUGGUGCAAAAGUCCCAGACAGCAUUCCAAUGCCGACAUACUAUAACGAUAUGGUUCAGGAUUACGAGACAAAAAUUUUGUCGGCAUCGCCUUUCGUAAAAUUCGAGGCUCCGUAUCUCCUGACACGAGCGCGCGAAAUGGAACGCAGACUUUCGUAUCUGAAAUCUCUUCGUGACCAAGACAGCACCUCUGAUCAAAUCACCGAUGAAAAGGUCAAACCGCAGAAGUUCGUGCUCAUCACUCCAGAAAUGGUUCAUCAAUCACCGCAAAAUGCGCCGGCAAAAGUCAAGGAAGUACUGCGUGCUGCACAUGAAGCCGAGUACGAUCGGGCACUUUAUCACCAUCAAACCCAAAAACGCCAGUGGGAAGCCUAUGUAGCGGGGAAUCCCAACAUGUUCGACCCUUAUGCACAUCAGAAUAUAGUCAUUCUCUACAGUGUUGUGUGCACAACAACAUCAGUCCCCUGCUCAGGGCCGGAUACCUUUGCCCUGGAGUUCUACAAUGAGCAUGGAGACGACACGGUUUUUGAGUCAGAUCUCACGAUUGGGCAGUAUGUCGAGGAGCUUUGUGAGACAGCGAAUUCAAUAUGCACCGUCAACGGCUGUGAAAAGCGCAUGUUCGAACACCACCGCCAGUACGUCCAUGGCGAGGCUCAGAUCAGCGUCCUAGUCCAACCUUACCCAUCUAAACUUCUCGGGCUCCAUAAUACUGUCCUGAUGUGGAGCUGUUGCAAAGUGUGCGGCAAUGAGACUCAAGUCAUGCCUAUGUCGAAAAGCACAUGGAAAUAUUCAUUCGGGAAAUACUUGGAAUUGUCUUUCUGGGGCAGACACAUGCUUGCUCGCACUGGAGGCUGUUCUCAUGAUCUGCGGCGGGAUUACCUCCAUUUUUUCGGCUACAACGACCUUGCUUUGCGAGUCCAAUAUGACCCUAUUCGCCUGCUCGAAAUUAUCGUUCCUCGGCCUCGUGUAACUUGGAAGGUGGACAACGAUCUGAAGAUGAGGAACGAAGUAUAUUUGCGUACCGAGCAACGGAUCAACAACUUCAUGGCGUCUGUUCAAGACCGUUUGAAAGGCAUGAAUGCCGAGAGUGUUGUGCCCGAGUUGAAGGAGAGCUGCAAAACUGAAAUUGAGAAUUUGAUCAAGAAGGGUCAUGAAGACCAUAGCUCUUUGGUCCGGCACUUACAAGACAAAUACACAAGUUCUCGCUACUGGGAGAUCAUACCGCUGAAUGAGGUCCUCCGUGCAGUUCAAGAAAAGGUUGUCGAAUGGGACACGACAUUUGUCAAUUUCGAAAUGAACUUUUUCCCAUCCGAAAAAGAUAUCAAGCACAUGGCAACCCUGCAACUGAGGAAGAUCUUCCUCGACAAAGAUGCAACACCAGUCUCAACAGAUGAUACACUUCAAGCUCCUGCGGACGUUGAAGAUGAAAACAACCAGGCAGUAGACAGACCACGCAUGAUGCGACGCAUGACGCUUUCGCCGGAAAAGGCACAGAAUGUACUAGUUUCCGUUGUUGAGGAGCAUGCGGGCAAAAAGCACCGCGAGGAACUCCAAGAAGUCGCGAUGCAGUCGCCUCCAUUGUUGGCUGACCAAGCAACUUUGUCAGUCGAUGCAGCUGAUGGAACGAGGUCCUCUCCUCAGAAUGAGAUUAUCUCACAAGAAGAAGUCCGUCAUCUUGACUUGGCUGUUCCUGCUGGACAAUCGGAACGCAGCUCCGUUGGUCACGCUGACAUUUCCAAUCAAUCUUCAAUCAAAACUGACCUCCCUGUGAUGAUCUCCGGCGACGGAUCAUCUGAAUCAUCACCGCCGGAAAGCUCUGAGAUCUCCGAUCAAGGAACCAAAAAUGGGACUGAAGACAAUAAGGCCUCUGACAUGCCAAGUACCCCUGUACGUCGGCCUUCGGCGAUACCGAGACCUACUGAACCAGCCUUUCGACGUCCCGGUAAGACACGAUCUCCUCCACUUUUGCGCACUCAAUCUCAGCCAGCGAAUAUACCACGGUCAUCUCACAGCAUUCCACUUCCAGGGUUAAAAACAGCUUUCACUGGCCCAAUCGAUCCAGAAAAAUCUUCAGGCCAGUCACCAACAAAGUCAUCAGAUAGAACGCUGAGCGAUCGUUUGGGAUUGAGUUCCCUCAAGAGCGCCCGAUUUGCCUCGGGCCAUUCGCUUAUCCCACGGUCUGCUCCGAGUAAAAGGGGAACAUCACAGGUCUCUCACCUUGCCAGGCAUUUUGAACAAUUGAGUCGUGAGUUCGAAAAGGAGAGACAGCGUGAAAGACGUCAACGCGCUGCUAAGGGUACUCAUUCCCGAGCAUUCCCACUGGCGUCCUCGAAGCCAAUCGUCGAGGUCUAUCGAAAUGUACGAGAGGCUGUUGAAGAACGUGAACCACCAGUUGAUAGCGAUGAAUCUUUGCCCUCGGCUCCACGGAUCCCAAUGGACAACAUGAGUCGCAAGAGCGAUGAACUAACGCAUGAAAAUAUAACGCAUGAUGAACCAUCACUUCCAAAUGACUCUACCCCAGAGCCUACGGAAGGAGGCAGUGCACUCUGUCCUGACAAUCAACCAUUGUCUGGUGGUGAAGCAGAUGAUCACCAAAGUGAUGAGGAACAAAACAUGAUUGAAGAUCUUCAUCCGGUAGUUUCCCACGAAGAGACGAAACAGUCAGCAGAGGACUACGGAAUGGAGUAUAAAGAACUGCCCAAGCACGAACGUACUACGCUUUUGAAGAUGCUGACAAAUUUCUGGUCCGAACGUUCUGCCAGUGGGUGGGCGUCCCUUGAGUAUCCACUCAGUGUGAUGGAUCAUGUCUUUGCUGAUUGCAAUAUUAUUGUUCGUGAGGAUGAACCAAGCUCGUUGGUAGCGUUCGCUUUGGACUCUUUCGACUACAAGGAAAAGCUUUCGAGCAUUCAACAGCAGUUCGAUGGAGUGGAAGAACACAAGCCAGAUGCCAGGGAUGAAAUUGAUGCUAAGAAGGAAGCGCGAAUCGAACGUGCCCUCUUGCGACGUACGGGCACACACCUCAAGUAUCAAUUCCAAGAAGGCCAGGCCAAGAUGCUGUGCAAAGUAUUUUACGCUGAGCAGUUUGAUGCUCUCCGCAAAAAGUGUGGUGUGGCAGAUCGAAUCGUUGAAUCGUUGUCUCGUUGCGCAAAGUGGGACUCAAAAGGUGGCAAGACGAAAUCUUUAUUCCUGAAGACCCUUGACGACCGUUUCAUUCUCAAAUCGCUCUCAACGAUUGAGACGCAGGCUUUCCUCAAAUUUGCUCCGGCCUAUUUCCAGAUAAUGGCCGAAGCCCUGUUUCAUGAACUCCCUUCCGCAAUCGCCAAGAUGUUUGGCUUUUACCAAGUCAUUAUCAAGAACCCAGUUACAGGAACAGAGUUCAAUUGGUUCUUAUUGCUAAUGGAGAACUUGUUCUACGAUCGUGUCCCUACACGCAUCUUCGACUUGAAAGGCUCAAUGCGAAACCGCAAAGUAGAGAGCACCGGUGAACGAGAUGAGGUUCUCUUAGAUGAAAACAUGGUGGAUUUUAUCUAUGAAACGCCUCUCUUUGCCCGCGAGCACUCAAAGAAGCUUCUUAGCCAAAGUGUGUGGAAUGACACACUCUUUUUGGGUCGCCAAGAUGUCAUGGACUACUCGCUCAUGAUCGCCAUUGAUGAAAGCCGCGACGAACUGGUAGUAGGAAUCAUUGACUGUAUUCGUACCUACACCUGGGACAAAAAGCUGGAGUCCUGGAUCAAGGACAAAGGAUUUGGUGGCGGUGGCCGCAAUCGACCAACAGUGACAAGUCCCAGGGAAUACAAAGGCCGUUUCCGCGAGGCAAUGGCCAGAUAUGUGCUUCGAGCUCCAAGCUGUUGGCAUCAAUUCCAACCAACUGCGACAUCCCGCUAUGAAGCUGAGACUGUUGAUGAGAGGGGGUAUGCGGAAGGCGCUGGUUCCUGA